UGGGCGCCGAGCGGUCGGGGCCGCCCCGUCGCCUUCUCCCGUCGCCGCCGGGUUGGCGGGGCCCGGAGCCGGACCUUCUGCGGGAGGAUCGCUUCUGAAGCGUCCGUGUAAGCUCAGCUGGCCCUGGGGCAGGCGUGGAAGCUAGUCUGCUGUGCUCAGCCUUGUCCGCUUCAUCCAGGGAUCCCGCACCUCCAUGUUUGAUGCUAUACCGGUUCCAUUAAACUUAAACCUGAACUGCUUGACGUUGGAUCUGGUAGAGCAGGGCGGCAUGAAGUUCGGCUGCUUUCUUAAUCAGGAAUGCGUUAUCAAGUAAUAGGGAGAGAAUUAAAGCUGGAGGUAUGAGAGUGUCUAAAAAGCAAGAAAAUGGACCUGUUGACAAAAAGGCUAAACCUCCAGGAAAAGAAAAAACGAGUGCUAUUGCCAGUUUUUCAGAGACUCAGAACAUGGGUGUAUUGCUAGCAGAAGUGCUGAGCAAAAUGAGCCACAAAAUUCAUGCAGCAGCAUUGCAAGUGGCUCACCAAAAGCCACAGCCUGCCUUGGAGAAGCUCAUACUGCCUAAAAGAAUUUACAUUAUUCAACAGCCACGGAAAUGUUAAGAUACUCAUUAAAAUACUCAUGUUUACUUAAAAGUGAGUUGCUGUUCUAAAUAGCCCUUAGCACACUGUAGUAAAUGAUCAAAAGCUGUGUGCCUUGUAUCUUCCUGUAUUUCUGUUACUGACAAUAAAAUACUUUAUAAGAAGAGUUACUAAA